AUGAAGAACGCCUACUGCGAGGACGGAGGAGUCCAACUUGAAGGCUCCCAAGUCGUGGAAACUUCGUCAUACGUAUACCUCGGACGUUCUAUGAACAUGAAAAACGUCUUGAAGGAAGAACUGAAUAGGAGAAUGAGAGCAUGGGCAGCAUUUGCAGCCGUCAGGGAAGCUACAGACCAACUGACGGACCAAGAUCUUCGUGCCCAUCUGUUCGACUCGACAGUUGUUCCAGCGCUCUGUUACGCAGCGGAGACGUGGACAGACGCCGCUAGGAAGCUACUUACUACCCGCCGGUCAGAUCACGAGAAAAAUCGACGAUAG